CAGUAAUUUUAGUAUUGGUUAUUGUAGGGAUGGGGCUGGUUGGUGUAGCAUUGAUAGAAAUGUUGCGAUGGGUUGACACAUACUAUUUUGUGUCUGUAUCAUCUUCAUUUGUUGGUUAUGGUGAUAUCAGCUUUAGAUCUAGUCUUGGAAAGGGUUUUGCAAUCGUAUGGUUAUCAUUGUGUGGGGUGAUACUUGGCAGGGCUUUCACAUAUAUAAGGAUGUAUCUAUUAAGAGAAAGUGUUAGUCCUGAAACAAGAAAAAAUAUGGAAACAAAGUGGUCACCAAGAUUUGAGAACCGUAGGAUUGCUGUGGCAUUGUCUUUCAUAGAGUCUCAAGCUACAUUAAGUUGGAUAAUUGAUAAUUUGCCCAUAAGCAGUGGUGAUACUAUUUAUUUGAUUCAUGUGGCAAGUGAGGAUUCUUAUGACAAUCUAUACCGUGAUACUGGUUCUGGUGAUGUGACUCUUGCUGAAUUCAGAACUACGAAGGGUAGAUUGAAGUACCAUGUUACAGCAGACAUUGAAUCAGCAGAUCUUCAGAGGUUUGGAGAAACUAUGAAGCCUAAAAAGGUAUCGGUCAAGGUGAGGAUUUUUUAUGGAAAUCCUAAGAAAAAGCUUUGUGAAGCAAUCAGAGUCCUGCAGCUUACUAGUUUGAUAUUGGGAAGAAAAGAGACUCAUAUUAUUUGAAGGAUGUUGCUAUCAAGAACAAGUGAU